CGUCCUGAAAGAAAAAAUAGAGAAGAAAGAGCGGGGAAAGGACGAAUAAUUUCAGGAAAAUGUGCUCACGAAAACGCAUACAUACAAGUUGAAAAAUAACAUCUAAUAUGAGGACGACACGUGGGCCAGUAACAACAAAAGUUUCUGCCUACCAGCUGAAGUGACGUUUAUAGCGCCGCUAUCAGGGCCAUCCUUCCUAGCCGUUAGAUCAGACGAUCUAGAACCGUCCGAUAUAGGUCAGGUUCCGGCACCCUCCCUUUUAUUCGCUCCCGGCCACUGCCCACCGAGUUUGCUCGUCCAGGGUUCUAGGCUCUAGCCGCCGCCGCCACCUCCCCCGAGCGCAGAGUGAGAGAGAGGUCGACGCCAUGGUGCAGCGUCUCACGUACCGGAAGCGGCACAGCUACGCCACCAAGUCCAACCAGACCAGGGUCGUCAAGACCCCAGGAGGGAGGCUUGUGUACCAGUACACCAAGAAGAGGGCGAGCGGGCCGAAAUGCCCGGUCACCGGCAAGAAGAUCCAGGGGAUACCUCACCUAAGGCCUGCUGAAUACAAAAGAUCCAGAUUAUCCAGGAACAGAAGGACUGUCAACCGUCCUUAUGGUGGUGUUCUAUCUGGUCAGGCUGUUAGGGAAAGGAUCAUUCGUGCUUUCCUUGUCGAGGAGCAAAAGAUUGUGAAGAAGGUUUUGAAGAUCCAAAAGACCAAGGAGAAGCAAACAUCAAAAUGAAAUGGUUAAAGUAGUACUAAUUUUUUUUAGGACGAUGGUGAUCAGUACUCAGUUGCCGGUUCAGUAAGCUAAGCUGGUGGUUCCUGAGUUAAGCAAGAGAUUUCGAUCAAUUUCCUUGUUGCUCCAAGGAUGGAAAUCUGGAACUCGUUUCUCAUGUUCUGAUUUUUGCGGUUGAGUACUUAAGUGAUAUGUCCAAAGUAUUUUGA